CCAUAUGGGAUCGCGUUUAUUUGCACGCCUUUUCGGUUCACUGUUCCCCGAUUUAAUGAAAGCAUUAGAUGCAGUGUCUCGCGACGCGCCUGUAGCGAUGUGGGUUCCUGCUUCGCCGCGUGAUUUCAAUGUAUGCACCGUGAGCGCGCAUGGCUUGCGCUUUCGGCCGUGCCUGUGGUCUUGUGCAGCUGCUCGGGCUCGGUUGCAGCGCUCUUCCCUCGAUAUUUCACCACUUCUAGGUUGUGAUUUCCCGUCUUUCCUGCUCUACGCCAUCUCCGCCGCUAACCUCUUUCUCCCCUGCUUCUGCCUAUGUAUUUCCUUUCUGUCACUUUACGGCACCAGCGCGCAAGCUAUGGCUAAGCAACGGAGCAAUUCUAGCGAGGCUAUGGUGAAGUUUCUGAAGGAUCGAGUAGAGUCUAACCAGGGAAUCUCGCUUCAGAAGCUGACGGGCCACCUGUCCCAGCUGCCAUCUGACCUACGCACCAAGUACGGCUGUUCGGUCAAGUCGCUGAAAAUAUUCCUGCAACAGUUUCCCAAGGUGUUCGUCGUUCGCAAUCAGAGCAACGUGUUUGUGCGUACCAGGCGCCGACGCGCGACGACUAUGGAGGCGGCCUUGUUGGACGGCAGCACGGAGAGCUUCCAGCCGUCCGCCUCGGAUCGUGACGACGAUGACGUGACGAGUCUCAGCAACGUCGUGGGCACUGUGUACCGCAUCUUCAACGUGUACGGCUUCAUCUCGGUCAAGUACCCGAUCAAGACGAGCGUCUACUUUGACGUCCAGGCCUUCGAGAACGCCAAGUACAACAAUCUGCCGUCUUCGGGGCUCCAGGUCAACGACACCGUCGUCCUGGACGCCAAGUCGGGACCCCGGGAGUGUGAGGCCAAGUUCCGGGCAAGCCAUGUGGCACGCGUCAAGCAGACGUCAAAUUGCUCGUCCCCAGGUUCCAACAGUGUCACCGGCAGCAGCGGUGGCAACUCGGGUUUGCCGAUCGUCAACCAGUACGGCGUCAUAGAGACGGUAAAGUCGAACUACGGAUUCAUCAAGUUCGGCCCAAAACUGAAGGAGCGCGCCUUCUUUCACGCCAACAACGUGGACAGAUCUCUGGGCAGGUCCAUCAAGAACCUGCCAGACGUGCUCACUGUCGAUGACAGAGUGCGCUUCCAUGCCAAGCCCAGCAAGAAGCCGUCUGAUAAGGUCAAGUGGGAAGCCACUAUGGUGUGCCUGAGCCGGCAGUCAGAACGGGAAGGGUCCGUUGAUGACGACGAAAGUGGCAACGAGGUCUUCAUGUCCGAGGACGAGUCAGACAUCCGCGAUAUGCUUCACGACAAAGAUUCCGGCAGCCGUGACGGAGACAUAGACGAAUCUCAUUCCUUGGAUUACCCGGACUGGAACUCGUGUUCGACAAGGGCAGAUUUUAGCGAUACUGCUUCUAUUCAAGGAAAAGUGGAUCUAGUGAACUCGCCCUUGUCGGGAUGGGAAGCCAGGCAGAAAGUGUCGAGCGAACGGGGUUUCUUUUACCCAGUAUCCGAGGCUGAAGGAACCAUAAAGUAUGGCAUCAACAAGACAAGCACAGCUCGUGCGACUGUGGGUGUGACCUACCGCGACGAGGAGCCGCUCGACAAUCUACUCUGGGAAGUUAGUGACGGCCAAGAAGUAAGUUUUGACGCCGUCGAUGCAGGAGACAAUAAGUGGGUUGCGACGCUAGUGUGGAUAGGGCAGAGGCCUGCACUGCCACACGUGGGUGACAGCGAAGACAUCUUCAACAAUAUAGUCAACAAAAGUGCCGAUAUUAACAGAGAAAAGGCCAACAGCGUGCAGGAGCCGGUAGACGAUUUUGGCAAAAAGCCGGGCUUCAGGCAGUCUUCCUCGCUGCCCCCGCCACGUGCAAUCCAGCCGUGUGUGUCCAUUUACGAGAGCGCCAAGGCUACAAUAUUGAAAAGCAUGGAAUGCCUCGCGACAUGCAAGGUUAAAGAGUCUGGAGUCUUUAGGAAGAUAGACUUUACUAGUGAUUGUUUUUACAAAGACGGAACCAUCUUCUUCGGUGACUUGAACGAAGUGCUUCAUCCGGGGAGCACGGUCUGCCUUGAUUAUAUGGUUGGCAUUAACAGAGGAGGCAAGGAAAUCGUGCACUUUGACGUCGUCUGGCAAGGAAAGAGGCCUAGAGGCGUUCCACAGCUGAGUCCCGAAGAGUUCAGCAAGAGGCUCCGACGGGAUUGCGACACCACAAACAGCUUCAACACUUUUGGAGACUUCGAGCCUGAAGCCAACGCUGUGGAGGAGGAGCCUCGCUUGCCAUCUCGAGUGCCUUCCGACGAGGCAGCCAAUGAAGACAACGAGGAAUUAGUUGAGGACGACGAGCCGUAUGGACCGAGCGUACCUGGCAGCUCCACAUCAACGUCCAUGACAGGGAACCCGCCAAAUCCAUUGCCAGAUGUUGAGAGUCCAGUUGGCUUUGAGCACAUUCCAGGAAAUCGAAAAGGAGGUUGUGGUGAUAUGCCAGAAGCUUCCUUCUUCUCGUCGAAUGUAAAUGACGAGGUGCUCCAGCGACUGGCAAAGAUGGUGGCGGCAGAAAUCAUCGCCGAACGAGAGAAGACUCGAAUCGUCCUCCACGACAUGGGCGUGCAGACUGAAGACGGAAACUCGUUACUAUCAUCCUUGGCGAGGGCAAAAAGCAAGCCCCCGAAGCUGGUCAGCUCUAGUACCCAGACUCUGUCGACAGGAGGCAUCAAAUCGGAAGAGCUGUUCAUCAACUGAAAGACCACACAGUGCCUUCAUCUGGGACUUGUAUUGAAGUGGCUGCAUGACAUCACAGUUGACGCUUUCCCUUUUCUCGUUAUUCUUCUAACGCUUUAGUCCAUACACCUGUUGCCCACCAGUGGAGGAGAACGCUCAUUAGGAUUGAAAAGAUGCCUUCCAAGAAGAUUUCGCGUAAUGCCAUUCCAUCGUUUACUACUGUUGAAAAGGAGAUCUGCCUGCAAAGCGACAAGGACUAGAUCGCAGUAAUGAGUGCCAAUGACGUUCUCCUCUUGAAAAACGCAUACUUUGGGGAGGCUUCACCAGUUUUUUUUAUAGUACUCUUGAUGUUGAGGCACGUUCAGUUUUUACAGGUCAGCCAACGAAUAAGAUUGACAGAAGGUUACCAGUUCCUCGCCCCAUGUUGUCGACUGCGAAAGCCCGCAAACUUCCUUUUUUGUCCAUGUUUCCUGUCGAAGCUUCCUUGCUGUUUGUUGGGCUUCGUAGUAAUAAUUCAUCGUAGCUUUUAAAAAAAUGUGCCGUCCAAGAAUGCUGCUUUUGGUGGGUGUAUAUAGAGGCAGAUGGCAGUUUUUCUUCAAAACUCUUGACAAAACACUUCCUUGCAAUCAAGCCAUUCCAUCCGUCGGCUGCACAAGCGCAAAAGUUUUCUUUCUUGGCUUGUCAGGCUUUUGUCUUAGACUUAGACCGAAUAGUAUUCCGAGAGAUGUGUCAGCUGACAGUGUGAUCUGUUGCCUUGGGAGUGGAGUUUUGAAAUGCUCAUGCUUCGACAGACCCAUGUGAUCGGACUACGUUGGCAGUGUAGUCGUCUUGCCAACAGUCUCUUUCUCAUGCAGUGUUUUGUAAUGUUUGUCCUUGGCCUGGUACACAGAGUGUUGCACCUGCGAAAUAGAGUACCAUCAAGUGGCAUCGCAUGAAGUUUCUUCAGCAGCCAGUGGCAUAAUAGCGAGAGCCAAUCUCCAUGUUUUUGCCCGGCAGUUCCACUCUUGGAAGGCUACGCGAUGCAGUCGUUUCCUUACUUGCGCAGCAUUGCGUCUUUUGAAAACAGCAGGACAGUAAGACUGUUUUCACUCGUGAUCAUUUUUGUUGCCUUUCGUUACCUACCAAUAAGUACCACUCUGCAUGUUUCGUGACCCAACGCAGACUUUCUAAUAAAUUCCAAUCGCAACACUCUCAAAAACAUGCAGUCAACUUUACUCAUGCACAUUAAAAACAGCUGCGCGCAAUCUUUUCUGUUCAGAUGGGGAUGAAAUAUUUUUACAACUAUAUGUUUAUUAUAGUUUAUUAUAUGUUUAUGUCCGUAUGUAAAAUGCAUGAAAACUCGUAGAACACUCCAUCAAUGUCAAUCUUGUACAUUAAACAACCGCGUGCAACGUUUGCUGUUCAGAUGUGAACGAAAUAGUUUUGUUACCGUCUAUUACAGUUUAUAAUAUCUUCAUGCUGGUAAACAAUUUUUAUAUGGUGUUAUGUUGUGUCAUACAUAACAAACAACUUGUUACAUAUCAAGUCUACCUGUGCAAAGGAAAAUGAUAGAUCAUACCUAAGCAAUAAAAUAGUCAUUGAUAAUGCUGUCCAUGUUUUGAUUAUAAGAGAAAUUCAAGGUAUCCUUUUUUAAUUUUGAACUUGCACCAGAAUCUGAAUGUCAAUUUGAUGUUUCAGGUGCGUUUUUACUUUUGUAUUCUGUUCAUACAGAUGCAAUAAAAUUUUCUGGAGUUCUCCAGAGUCCCUG